AUGUCUUUGAUAUCAUCGAGAAAAGUUCGCAUCAAGAAGUUAAACCCCAAGACAGCCCUCCAGGUUCUCAUAGAGGGCCAAAUCGACCCGAGCGAAUAUGAGUCUCUCACGACGGACAUCUCUUCAACUGCUGGGGUUGACUCCGGAGAAUCAAAUGAAUAUCAUUUACAACUUGCCGUGAAAGGUGCAGGUGGCACCAAGGAAGACAAUGAGAUUCCAGUGCCACCACCGCAAAAGAGUGAGGAGGUCGACUACGACGAGAUUUACCCCAGAGUAUAUCAUGAGCCUCGUAACUAUAUCAAGUUCUCCGAGACUGUCGAAGAGACCCUAGGAUGUCUCUAUGACAUGACAACUGAGGACGAUGAUUACUUGAAGACUUACAAUGCAAAGAGGCCGGCCAAGGACCAGCUGUCUGAAGAUGACUUCGAAAAGAUCAUGGAGCUCUUCGAGGACACGGCAGCCGAACAAGCCCCUUACGCUGCCCUCGACAAUACUGUCAUCCCUUAUGAGAUAAUGAGUCAACAGAUGGUCCAUUCUUCCAUCCAGAGGCUGCAGAACCAUGCAAAGAUGGUGUAUGAACACUGGAAGUCGCAACGUCAGGAGAAGGGCAGGUUACAUCCUUCUGUCAAGUUCGAAACACAUACAGAGAAGGAUGACCUGGACGCCUACGUGUGUUUCCGAAGACGUGAAGUGCGACAGACGAGGAAGACUAGACAAAAGGACGUCCAAGUGGCCGACAAACUCAAGAAGCUGCGAAAGGAGCUUGAAGAUGGUCGUCUUUUGGUGGUCAUGUCACACCAGCGCGAGGUGCUGAAACAAGAACUUCUUGCCGUUGAGAAGAGAUUGUUUGACCACCGCGCCAUCCUCAAGGAGAAGAAGACUCGUCUUGGCAUUAAAGCCGAGGACGAGGACUUGCUCAUCCACACCAAGCCACCCAAGCGCAAGAUCCAAGAAGUGCAACCGCCCGUUCGUGCUACCCCAGGAUCGAACACACAGGUGCGUCUGGCUGUCCGUAUGGACGGCAAACCUGCCGAGCAGGAACUUCCGCUUCUCUGCGAUAAGAUUGAGGAGAAAUGGGAAGAGUUGCGUUCUGAUGUCCAACAUAAGGCGACCAUAUAUAAGCUCUGGAACUCGAACCACAUCGACGUUACCGACGGGUCUCUUCGGCCUGUCAAACAGGAACAGAAUACGAGCUUUCGGCUUGCUAAACCUGUGUUUCUCCCAACUCCACCAUCUAGUGCAUCGGACCAAAUGGAUCUGGACGAGGAACCCGCAAAUGCUGAUGCCGCUCCGAUAUCUGCUGCUCUUUUCCAGUACAACACUGGGCAAAAAUCGCCAUUGCUUGAUGAAAACCCCACAUUCAGUUUCCGCCGUCGUCAUGGCAGAGGUGGCCGUUUGUGGGUCGAUCGUCGCAGAAUUGACCGCCGGGACCCCGUCAGUCGAUUGGCCAGCCCCCCAAGUGAUAUGGACAUCGAUGAAGCUCGACAGUUUGACCGCAUGAAAUAUGACCAGGACAGCGAUAGUGAUGAGGAGCAGGUCUACCACAUCGAUCCCUAUGACCAGCGCGCACUCAAAUUCCGCGCACUGAUCCCGCCACCCAUGCCUUCGGCACCUCGCGGAUAUUAUAGGCAAUUGCCUGAAGGUGCCAAUGGUGCUCAGGGGGGGCCAUCAGGUCGUCAAGGACCCAGCCCGGCAUCACAGACUGCAGCAGCAAGCCCGUCACAAACACCAUCGCAGCCUCAAGUGCACGCGCCCAGUCAAGCUCCUGUUCAAGCCCCUGGUCAAGCGCCUGUUCAAACUCCUGGCCAAGCGGCUGCUCAAGCUCUUACUCCAGCUCCUGCCCAGGCUCCAGCUCAGGCUCCGUUGCAAAAACCACAGAUCUCGGCAUCGUAG